AUGCAAUCAAAACAAAUAAAAUUACGAACUAAUAAAUGAAUGAACAAAAAAUUAGCUAUAUGGUUAAUUUAAUGCGGUCGAAGUGGGAGCGAGAGGUAUACCAGCGAAAUCUCUACAAUCUUCUAAAAGAUCUCGCCCUGUCUAGAACUGCAGUAAGUUCUUACUAGAACGUGUAUCUAAAGCUGCACUAGUAGACUCCUACCAGAUCUGUGUGGGCAGAGAGAAACACGAGCGGUGAAGGUGGAUAAGCAAAGAGACCAUACAGCCUAAUCUUCAGUUGAACAGAUAAAUUAAUUGAAGACUUACUCUGUGAUUCCCCCCGGGUUGAGUUAUAGCCGUUACAUCGAAGUGUCCCAGAGCGCCGGUUACAUGGUUACAAAACAAGAAUCGUGUUUAUGGUCGUCAGUAAUGCCAACUUUAUGGACGUAAUUUCCUUAUUUUGAAUAUGUCUUCUGGCCUUGGCGUAUUCACUUCAAGAACCAUACAAGGACAAGACUUACUAAUAUACAGUUAUAAUUGAUAAUAAAAAAAACAUUUCAAUUAUUGUCUGUGGUUUCAAAAUGUCGUCUGUCAAACACAUGUAUUAGAGUGUGGGAGAAAGUAACAGUGACAUGUAACUGUUAUUUUUAGAAUGCUUUAUUGAGUGAAAAGAAACUGUUAUAUUAAAGAUGGCGACGCCGCCUGAAUCUCCUGUAGAGGAGCAUGCGUACGAAUUGGAGCCGAGUCGAACGCCGAAACCUAUUCCAGUCGCUUUAGAAGAAUUAUGUAGACAAACGAAAUUCUCUAAGCAAGAAAUUAGGGUUAUGUACAGAGGAUUCAAAACGGAAUGCCCGGAAGGUGUCGUUCAAGAGGAGUCUUUUAAGGACAUCUACGCUAAGUUCUUCCCGCAUGGCAAUUCCGCGCUGUACGCACACUAUGUUUUCAAAGCCUUCGACGUGAACUGCAGUGGAGCGAUCAGCUUUAGGGAGUUACUGGUGACCCUGUCGACUCUCCUUCGAGGUUCAGUAUACGAGAGACUGCGAUGGGCCUUCCGCCUGUAUGAUGUUGAUGGAGAUGGAGCUAUCACCAGACAGGAGCUAGCUGAAGUGGUGGUGGCUGUUCACGAGCUGUUGGGCCGACGGGCGCCACCUGGAUCGCCUGCUGCACGACUGGAUGACGCGAAGGCGAAUGAACAGGUGGACCGCGUGUUCAGGAAGCUGGAUCUGAACCAAGACGGCGUGAUCACCAUCGAGGAGUUCCUGGAGUCGUGUUUGAAGGAUGACGUCAUCACACGUUCGCUUCAAAUGUUCGAUACGGCGCUAUGACGUCAGACUGACACAGCGGAGACGCAGACAGCACCCAGGAGUGCAAUAAAACGUGCGAGCCCGCCAUAUCGUGUUUCCCGCCAUUACUGCCACUGUUCCCGGGCUCAAUCUGGGUUCUUUC